AAGUCCUUUAAUGAAUCGUGGAAUCCCAAGUGCCAUGGAGUGAAACAUCACGUUCAGCCGAAUAGCCUAUGCUCUGUAAUUGAAUACCUCAGCGAGGUGAGUUUACUUCGCAUCAGUUUCUCAUCGUCGUCGUCAUCAUCGUCAUCACCACCACCACCGCCACCACCAUCAUCAUCAUUAGGGACUUUAAGAUCCAACGACGCGGACGACAACAAGAACGUCAAAAAAACAAUAGGUUUAAUUAGCAAAACAACAACUUUGCAUCACACUUUUUGUACCACCACCGACCCUAAUUGCUUUUGUGGAGGACGUAAACAAGCAACUCAAAUUUUAUUUCAUCAAAUUCCGCUUCAGGAGGGUUCGCCUACAAUUCAUCACGUUCUUGUCGCCGUCGCGUCGUUGGAUCUUAAAGUCCCUAUUAUUACCACCACCACCACCACUACUAUCAUCAUCAUCAUCAUCGCCACCACUACCACCACCACCACCACCAUCAUCAUCAUCAUCAUCAUCACCACCACCACCGUCACCAUCAUCAUCAGCACCACCACCAUCAUCAUCACCACCACCACCACCACCAUCAUCAUUAUCAUCGCCACCACCACCACCACCACCACCACCAUCAUCAUCAUCAUCACCAUCAUCACCACCACCACCACCAUCAUCAUUAUCAUCGCCAUCAUCACCAUCAUCAUCAUCAUCACCACCACCACCACCAUCAUCAUUAUCAUCGCCAUCAUCACCACCACCACCACCACCAUCAUCAUCAUCAUCAUCACCACCACCACCAUCAUCAUCAUCAUCACCACCACCACCACCACCACCACCAUCAUCACCACCACCACCAUCAUCAUCAUCAUCAUCACCACCACCACUAUCAUCAUCAUAAUCAUCAUUACCAAGUAAUCUGCUCUUGUCGUCACCACCACCACCCCAACCACCCUCACCAUCAUCAUCAUCAAUUUAUUUGAUAAAGAAGGUUGUAUAAAAGGAGACACUCAGGACUCAAAUGGUCACAAAUUUCAGCGUAUCCUUAUUCCGGAACGCGAUCAACCAAGCGCACCAUAAUUUUUUUACCUUUAUUUGCCCAUCAUUGCAAUCAUGCUGCCUACUGCGAGCUAAACAAUAAAUAAGAAAAGCAAUGAUGUAUAUAUCAAAACAAGGUCUCCAAACCUAAGCCUUGUAUCCUCCUAAAAGGCUAGGGUACAAAGCUCCCAACUGUGAAAUGGUUUUUGUAAACUGCACUAUAAGCAGUCAGGCAAAAUCCUCCCACAUGGUAACCGUGAUGGAGGACAGGGAAGGGGGGUGGGGGGGGUCAGUGGAGAGGUUGAACAGGGGGCUGCGGUUUACAUGGAGGGAGGAAGAUCCUAGAAGGCGGAUCAUCCUAGCGCCAUAUGUUUGCUGUAUUCGGUUUACAUGCAAAGGGUUGUACUUGUUCCUAGAGCUGGGAUCUUCCUAGCUGACAGGUAGGAAGACCCUAGUACUAGGAAGAUCCUAGCACCAUGUAAACUGCCUUUCCUUGGAAGAUCCUAGUACUAGGGAGAAACCGGACAAAAAUAUAGGCAGGUAGUUAAGUGGCUAAUCACAGCAAUAAAGGCCGACCAUUUCGUUUGGCGUUACCGCGACCUGAUUAUUGUGAUAAUUCUGCUGAAAGGUAGUUGUAAACGCCAGUAAAGAGAACAGAAGGACCCAAAUUGUAUGUUUGUUUUUGUCGUCCGCUAUUUUUAAUUCCUUCUCAAACAUUCUAUAUUUGGGUACCACAUGGGGCAAAAUUUCUGCAUGUAAACCCAACGUAAAAUUGAUCCGCCUUCUAGGAUCUUACUCCCUUCAUGUAAAGAGCCCCUGAUAAUAAAUCCAAUAAAAUGUUUAUGUCAAAGGAAAUCUCCUAAGAGUAUACCUAUGCUUGCUAAGGCUCGCCACUACCUUUUAAUUUGCAAUUGCUCUGGUUGUACGUAGGUCGAGGGUUGGUGUCCAGUGUUACCAUGGAGACGUGACUUUGACCCCUUUAAACCACCUGCUAACCACACCGAGGUUUGUAGCCAUAUCGGUCAAUAAUUCAGGUAUAUGAGCGGUAAACAAAAAAUAUAUUUGCAGGACUGUUAAGGACUCAAAGGUACUGGAUCAGUUGUUAAUAAGUAUAGGCUUUUCAAACAAGUCCAGCUUAAGUCUGUGGAUUGUGUUUGACAACGUGUUCAAUCUUUUAUAAACGUUAAGCUUCUUUUGUGUAAAUAGACUGAAUGUACGAAGAACACAGUUCUUUGUGCCGAAUUUGUUCUAACUAAGGAUAGUUCUAGUCCAAUAAACUCCUCUCGUUCACCUGCUAGUUUGUGUCAAACUCUGUAGCAGAAUAUUAAAUCAUCGUUCAGAUGACUUUGGCUUGCAGGCAGUGAUUUGCACAGAUGUAUCCGGGUUAUUAGAAAAAUUAAAGGACGACCGUUACGCCUGGAUGAGAAUUCGAAUAACGGAAACAUGGCCGCAGUGGAAAGAAGCCACUGAACAACUUGCUGUGACCCUGAAUGUGAAGAAUAGAAUGAAGAAAAAGGUGAAUUUUGGGUUUUCUUUGAAUGUUGUUGAAUGUCUAGAUGAGAGUAAGAUUCUGAGAACUGAAUACACCUACCCCUCCCUUAGACGAGCAUUUUGCCCCAAGUAAGGAGUUAGUGUUAGGGUUAGGGGAGGGGUAGGUAGCAAUUUUCCAGAAUCGUAUUACCUCAGCCUACCUACCCCUCCACUAGCCCAACAUUUUGCCCUAAGUGAGAACGCUGGGUGAGGGGACGGGUAGGUGAGUAAUUUUUUUAAAUCUAAUAAUAAGGCAUUUGAAAUGCUUAGCGAGCUAAAAACAAGCAGUUUGAUCGGUCUAAUGAAUGGUAAGGACGACAUUCUAUCAGUUUAGCGACGCAGAUCAAGAAGCAACGUGAUUGGUCUUGCUAAGUAGAUAAAAGCCGUUUGGGGGGGUCCAAUUGAUUAGAAGAAAGUAAGUUGAAUAGUUGCUCUAAGUAGAGGUAAAAUUGAGCGAACAGCAAGAUCGCAAAAUGUUAAAACUCCCAGCAUUUGAUAAAUUUUUUUCCGCCACGACGACAUUCUUGCCAAAACAUGUAGUAGAAUGACGACGGCUAUCACACUUUCCCGCCAAAAUGACGUUGGUUCACGUGCGCACCACUUAGUAUUGAGAAAAACUCGUCGUCGUAGUCGUUCUCGUAUAAGCAAAGGCGUUUUCAGCCAACUCAACCGAAAAUGAAGCCUCCCUCCUUUCAAUAUGCCUUGACACCACCCAAUUUGUAUUACUAAGUUGCUUUAUUCUUAUAGAGACGAUUGACCUGAAACAUUGGGCAAAACCACUGCACAAGUUGGUAAAAAGUCCAUUUCCGGUCGACGUGCGUCGAUUAAAAAAAGCAUUUGCUUUAGCUCCCUAAUCUAAAGGUCUUGAUUUCCUUUACCAGAUUCUUCUCUAUAUGGGAAGCAUAGAAGACAACUUCAAGUUUUUUACUGAAGCCUUUACUGGUGGAUGUUUAGGGGAGCUUACACAGUGGAGUGAUUUAAUGAGUGCACUGUAUAUUUUAGGGCAUGACUUGAUAAUUACAUCAGAUUACAACGACCUGCGAAAGUAAGUUUAUCCAUGUUUAUUUCGUAGACUGAGAAAACAGCCGCGUCCCCACCACUGGUUUUCCCGGCGAAAUGACGUCGGAGGGACGAGUGCAGAAAUUCCACACUGAUGACGUGUUGCUACUCAGAUCUGGGUGGUGCUUCUGAUUGGUCUCCCCGGAGAGAAAUUUGCUUCAACCAAUCAGAAGCACUACCUAGAUCUGGGGUGUGAGGAGUGCAGCAUGGAAUUUCUGCACUCGUUCCUCACACUUCAUUUCGCGGGAAACCAGUGGUGGCGUCUCGAAAGGUGGGCUGUUUUCUCAGGGUUAUUUUAUCGUCCUUCAACACAAAGUUUUUGUCAGUUCCUCAAUAUUAUUAUUAAGAAAAAAAAGCCAACAAUCAAUUUUCAAAAUGUUCCAAACUGGACAGGUUCUCGAUACUUUAGAGAGGCAAUGGAGUUUUAAGACCGAAGAAAGCUACACAUUUUAUAUCGGUAACUUUUCUUCACAUUUGAAUCUUUGUAUCAAGCAUCAUGCCUCCUGACACCCAAAAAACUCCUGGGAUGUCCAGAAAACAACUUUGUGGAAGUUUACCGCUAAGAAUUCAUACAGAGAUAAGAAUUUUUGUGAAAGGUUUGCACCUAAGACUCAUUUCAAAAGUUGGUUGAGUUCUGAUGGUCUGGGUGAACGUAGUCCUGAAUAGGACUAUUGUUGUUGACAAUGACUGACGUUUCGACAACCUGUGCGGUAGUCAUCGUCAGAGUCAAAUUAAAGAGACUAAAACAAAAUUCUUGUUAAUACAGUCAACUCUCGCCCUGCGGACUCCCCGCUAUAACGGACACCCCGAUAAUACGGACGGCAGCUAAAUCCCCUCCAAAAAUAUAUUAGAGAUGUUUGACUGAAAUAAACUCCCGCUAUUACGGACUCUCGCUAAUGAGGACACUAACUCAAGGUCCCUAGCUACAGUGUCUUCUAUAAAGAGAGUUGACCGAAUGGAAAUUUGGGAACUAGUUAUCUAUACCCUUGCAGUCUGCAGGUAUUGAAAGACUGAAGAACAUCCCCGAUGGGGGUACUCCCUAUAAUGGCCCAUGCAAGGAGGCUCCGCGCCAGAGGGGUACCAUUUUUAGGCCUCAGGUAUAUUAAAGGGUGGGCAUUUCACUAGUUAAAGUAUAUAAAAGAGCAUGGAAAUCUGUCUUUCCAACUGUAAAAAGACUUAAAAGGGUUGUGAAAAAGUCGAGAAGAUUUCCUAGUAUUGUGAUUUUUAAGACAGUGCAUAUAUAGGGUACAAGUUCUCAGCUAGGUAUGUGAAAGGGGUACCAUUUGUCAAUGGAAAGAAUACGGAAGAGGUACCUUUUCUUUCAAAAAUGGUAUAUAAAAGGGUAAGGUGUUGGACCUCGGGGCGGAGCCUCCCCGUAUAACAUUUGUUGGGUACCCGGCCCCUCUCGACUCUAUCCACUGGACAAAACCAUUGUCCAGUGAAAACGUUUUAGGGAAACCAGUUGCGUUAUUUUUUGAAUAGUGAUUUAUUUAAUGGUUAUUAUCAUAGUGGUUAAAUGUCUAUAUCAACAGCAUUAUCACCCAGACUGAUUCAGAUGGCUGUGCUUUAAGAGAACUUGCUGACGGCUUGGAUCUAAUAUUUACUGACAUUCCAGGCGCUAAGAAAAUUAUGAUGGUCAGUGGACCACAUAGUUCGCGUUACAGGUACAGCUAACAAUAUGAACUUUUAAGAAGAACUUCAUUGCUAAUGGAGAGAGCUCUGAUACUAACCAAAUGCAAUAAGCGAUUAUAGGAAAUGAAAAGGUGGAACAGAAGUGGGAAAGGUAGUCAGUAAAGGAGCAUAGAUACACUUAACAGGACAUCUGCACGUUUAGUAACGUUUCUUGUCUUCCACUAGAUGCAAGAUGCGCAUUUUGGACUCGUUUGGAACGGACGCGGAAUUCAACUAUCCGUACUACAAAGAAAGUAUUCCUGGCGGCAGAUCGGUAUGGGGAGAUGUGAAUCUUCUGCUUCCUCAGUUCAUGACGAUGUUCCGUAAGUUCAAUCUUUGAAUCAUUAGACGUUUCUGCGAAACUGCCCACCUACCCCUCCCUUAAGCCAACAUUAACACUUACUUCUCACUUAGGGCAAAAUGUUGGCAUAGGGGAGGGAUAGGUGGCAGUUUCCCAGAAACGUAUAAUAAUGCCACAAUCUUUCUUUCUUUUUCAAGAAUGACUGCUCUAUUUCUGAUAGGUACCUUUUGAAUUCAAGAUUUUGUCACUGGAAACUUUUGAAUUCAAAACUCUGGAAUUGUAAACUGUUGAAUCCAAGUUUUUUUUGGGGGGGGGGGUGGCGGAUUUCUGACUCUUGAAUUCAAUUAAGACAAUGGCAUUCUGAAAUUUUGAAUUCAAAACUUGGGAUAGCAAACUUUUAAAUUCAAGCUUUUGGUAUAAUUACAAAGUGUUGAAUUCAAGACUUUGGCUUUCCAAACACUUGAAUUCAGGACUUAAGCAUUGCAAGCAUUUGAAUUCAAUACUUUGGAAUACCAAAAUCUUGAAUUCAAAAUUUUGGUAUUUUAAAGUGUUCAUGUUGAAUUCAAGACUUUGACGUUCCAAACUUUUGAUUUCAAGACCUUAACAUUUCAAACAUUUGAAUUCAAUUCAAAUUUUUGAAUUCAUGAUUUUGGCAUCGAAACAUGCCUUCCAGGUUAAUCUGGUUUGAUAAUUAACACAACGGUAAUAAUUUUUUCUACGAAGAAGACUGACGAAACAGAAAUUAUGAGCCUUCUUGCCACAAAGACCCUAGCAGUAAAGUGUUUUAUGUUCUUAAUGAUUCUUUUGGCAGCUCACAGUCCCGAUAACUCGUUCUUGGGCUUUGCUGUUCCAAAGAAACAUCGCAGUAAAACUAGAGAACCCAAGAACAGAACCAAUGCACUAAUCUACGGAAAACUACCGCAUUUCUGGAAGGUACUAGUACAUUGUUAAAGUGUUAGCGCAGGUGUUUCCGUCGUAGAUGCUAAGGUUGCGUGCAAACGGACGCAAUAACUCCCAACAUUGUUGCGCCAACAAUGUUGGGAGUUGUUGCCUGCGUGUUGGAAGUGGUGUGCAAACGGAUGCAACAACUCCCAACAUUGUUGGGACCUGCAGUGCGUCGUGGGAAGGAUACAACCCAUAAGUCUUUGUAAACCAUGCGUAAUGCGCGUGCGCGGCCUCAACAAUGUUGGAAGAGCUGUGCAAACGGAUCCAACAUUGUUGCGCUACGCUUCGGCGAUCAAGGAACAAAAGAAAUGUUGGGAGUUGUUGGCUGAAAAGUUUGACCGGUUUCAAACUUUGCGCAACAACACGCAACAACAUCCAACAACAUGUAACAGGGUGUGCAAACGGACGCAACAUGUAACAUCCAACAAUGCUGGGAGUUGUUGGCCAACAAUGUUGCGUCCGUUUGCACGGGGCUUGAAAUUCCUCGAGUGAGGUUUAUUUUGUCUUUUUGGUUUAGGGCAAAUCGCUGUACAUUGAAGUGAUCAGAAAUCAUGUCCAGGAAGUCCAUGCCAACAUCGGCUCCAAAAACGUAAGAAUUCACUGCCUCAGAUGUUUAUCACACGUUCAAUUUUUAUGUUAUACCGUAGCCAUUAACUGCAAUGUGGUUGUUUCAAAAGGAGACUGUUCUACGAAAAUUCGACGUGCCUGAUUAUGUAAUAAAUCACGGAAUCGUCAACAUCUCCACACUCAUGGAUCUCUUUCAAGGCAGUAAGGUAUUCAGACUUAUUUGUGUUAGCUUGAAAAAUUCUGGUAUGGUUCGACUCAACUUUUGACACAACUGAUGUCAUUGCGUGCCAAUUAUUGGUUGCGACUAUUAAAAAAUGCAUCUCUUGUCCCAUCAGAGGCGAGUAAUUUUGUUGAGUCCACCAUAUUGCCACAAUAUGCGCAUUUGAUCAUAUUUUAAUGUUAAUUUGCGCAAUAUAAAUGAUAAGUAUUAUUAUUAUUUAUAUUAGCUUUCUUUGGGCUUUUGGUACGAGCAAACAGGAAAGUAUUGUUUUUUGGGGUCCUUAGGUUUUUGUUGGUCUGGGUGAUCCUUUAGAAGGACCAGCAGCCCUAGAAGCCUUGGCGAAUGGAUGUUUCUUUCUUAACCCAAAGGUAUGCUAGGAAAUUAACAACACAUCAUUUUUUUGUACAUCUACAAUUAGAUUAUCAGUCGGUCUGAGUAGUUAAGUAGCUGUUUUGCUCCUUGACGCCCACAUUCCUCUACGUCUCUAUGCCUCGAGUUGCGUUGAAUCGUGAGUUAUAUGGUGGCUCUAAAAUGUCUGUCUGCUCUUGAACGAGCUAUAAAUAACCAAAUGCAAUUACGUUUUGAUACAGGUUUGGUACAAUAUUUUAAUUAAUUAUAGUUUGUAUUUUUUUCAGUUUGAUCCACCAUUUGAUCGAGUAAACCAUGGGUUUUACGCUGGCAAACCCAUGAAUAGGAAGGUAAUGAUUAAGCUGACAUAUUAACCAAUAAUGCAGAAGUGUUUCAUCUGAUAUUAAGGCGAAGAAGAAUUACGAGGAGUAAUAUAUUAAACACGAGAAGAAGUGUUUCAUUCGAUAUCAAAACACCAAUAAGUAAUAUAUCUAAUCAACAUGAGAAGCAGUGUUUCAUCUGGUAUCCAAACACUGAGAAGUAAUACAUUAAAUGCGAGAGGGAAUGUUUCAUCUGAUAUCCAAACACCGAUAAGUAAUAUAUCAAACACGAGAAGGAGUGUUUCAUCUGGUAUCCAAACACUGAGAAGUAAUACAUUAAAUACGAGAGGGAGUGUUUCAUCUGAUAUCCAAACACCGAUAAGUAAUAUAUCAAACACGAGAAGGAGUGUUUCAUUUGAUAUCCAAACACCGAGAAAUAACAGGAGAAGGAUAUCCAACUAUCGAAAAGUAAUAUAUGAAACGCGAGAAGAAGUGAUGAUAUCUCAGUGAUAUCCACACACUGGGAAGUAAUAUAACAAACAAGAAGAGAAGUGUUUCCGAUAUCGAAAUACUGAGAACUAAUACAUCAAUCACGAGGAGUGUUCCAUCUGAGAUCCAGACAUGCAACUAGGAGUUUUGUCAAACACGAGAAGAAGAAUUUGUUUCGAUAGAGUGAUUUUCAUAUAACCUUGAAAAAUGGUUUCGGUAAGUGUUCGUUAUCUGUUUUAACAGCCAAUGGAUGAAAAGAUCAAAACAUGGCCUCUUCGUUUUUCCGCCAAAGAAAACUUUAAUGUGAAGGAGGCAUUGUUCGAUUGGCCAAUCGUGUCGCAGUAUGACGUCAAAGCGAAGUAUCGAUCGACAAGUUUCUAGAAAGUUCUAGGGCAUGAAGUUUUUCCACCUGAGCGUUCGCUUAACCAACCAAAAGGCACGCGCGUUUGUAUCCGUUCGAUAAACCAAUCAAAUCGCUCUAUUUCCGUUCGUUUCUUUUUUCUGUUUUGUUUGCUUGUUUUCAUUUCAAGGUCAUACGAAAAUCGCUCUAUUCAGAACCGGGAAGUGUCUUGUGAAAACAAUUUCCGAGGUAUGUGAGUAUUGUUUUCAAUUCUCUUUAAGAUAAUGUUGGAAGGAAAUCGAAAGUUGGCAAAAUUGAAUUUAAUGGUAAUGACCCAAUCAACCUUCCUUCAAUGUUUUCAAUUAGUUUUUGAAAUUGAGUUUAGACUAUUUUUUCGCAUGAACAGAUUACAUCCCAAAAUCCUUAUGCGGAGGUGUUUGUUGGAGAGCCGUUCGUUCAAACUGUGAACAUAAACAACAUGAAAGAAGUCGAGGAAGCUUUGCAGAAAAUUUUGAAUUCUUCGGUAGGUAAUAGUGGUUAACCCUUGUUCCCCCAGAGGUCACCAAAGUCUGCCACUCAGGAAAGUUUCAAAUUUUGUUUAGUAUAAAAAGGGACAAAGACUAGUACCAUGCAAUCGUAUCCCAGAAGAAGAUUCAUUGGAAUGACCCAACAUUUCAGGGAUUUGUCCACUGACCCAAAAGUUAUAACUAACAUUUACAACAUAAUAAACAACACCACAGCAAAGUACUGCUCAGCAGCUUUCAUUUGAAUGAAAUCCUGAAGUGUAAACUGCAGGAUUUCAUCCACUGUUUCAAAAGUUAGAACCGCCUUGUACACCACAAUUAAAAGCAGUACCAUAAGAGAGUACUACUAAGCGGGUCAGGCAAAAAGACGUUUCACAUUCAGUAUGAAUCUAUUUCCAAAACAAUUUGGUCUACGUAGCUUACUUAUUUUCUCUUUAAAGGAAACUCCUCGUCUUCCUUAUGAAUUCACUGUUGCUGGAAUGUUAGAACGACUAAACGCAUACUUGGAACACCAGGUAAAAACGCACUGUAAAUUCACACUUCUGGCUUCCUCCUAGCUGUAUUCCGUUUCUCUAAUACCGCAUAGGAGAUCAUGGAGAGCCGUUGUGUGAUCUUACUUGCUUAGUAAGCCAGUGAUUGAAACAGAACUUCAGAAUAUACGCAUUUUAUCCUUUUUGGUCAUCCAAAAAAUUUUGGCAAUUUCUGAAGGCUUAUUUUUCGCCCCAAAUUCGGUGGCAGACACGUCACCCACGUGAAAAAUACAAUGAAACCCCACCUUACAGUCACCUCGUUGGUACGGCCACUUUUUUUGGUCGCCUGGCAAAAACCGCCAUACAUUUUCGUGUAAAAAAAAAACCCUCUUCAAUACGGCCAUUUUUUUUGGGCCCAUUCAGUGACCGUAUUAACGAGGUUCCACUGUACAGCCAAAUACACACAAUAUACUGUUGACAGGAAGAAGUUAUUUAAAGUCGUAACAUCCCACCAAGUGGUGUGAAUAGUGCUGGUAAAAUUCAAGCAAACCCCGCCGGGGUUCGCAGCACAUCUUCAACUUCAUUCACUGUUUUCGCAAAGAUCAGAGUGAACCUUGUCUAACCCCCAAAAUUUUGCAUUUUCAUUGUUUCCAGUGUCUCCUGGGUAUUACCAUGAUUACAGUCGUUCCAAGAGAAAUCGAAGACGAUGGCUAUGCAAACCUUGGGGGGUGGGGGGGGGGGAGGUAAACAAGGUGCAUUAUGGUCUUUGUGAAAAAGGUGAGUGAGAGUACGCCUACUUUAACAAAGUAUGUGAGUUGGAGUCGCCAUAAAGAUUGACAGAACGCAAAUUCUCUUUUUAAGCGACUCCUUACUUCAGGAACUGACGUCCGUCCUGGCGAAAAGACUACUUCUGGUCACCGCACUAGACGCUUGCGUAGUCCUUACUAAAAGUCCCUUGACAAAAACUGGAGCAUGUUUGCUUUUCCACUAGUCUUAGCAGGGGCGGCUCCAGAAAAUUCAGAAAGGGGGGCCAGGACUUUUGGCACCUAUGUAGAUAUAAUUUGUGUGCCUUAGCCAACCCCUAAAUUUGCCCAUGCUUAACUAUUGUGUCGUUUCGCUGAUCUGAGGAUGUGUCAGUUAAUAUUCUUUCCAAAUGCUCAAAUGUUCCAGGACUUCUGCAAGCCCAGUGUCUGGCCACCAAUUAAGGAGCUGCAGAUUACGAAAGGAAAAGAUGGCCAGUCUUGCGAAUUCGCCUGUCUCGAUAAAGGACUCGUGUGUGAACCAACAUUCUUUGCUACUGUCAACAGUCAAGAAAUGUUUAAAAAGUAAUUGCUUUAUCUUUUGUUACACCAUAUCAGUUUUACAGUUUAGCGAAUAUUAAGUUACUAUAAAUUGGCUCAAAGACAAGCAUUAUAUAAUUAUCGGAAUUCUUUGAUCUUCGGUUUUUUUUCUUUUUGUUUAUUCCUUUACCACGGCUGUUGAAAGUAUAAGGUUUGAAAUUUAUUUACAUUUUAUGUGAAUUCAAACAUACAGAAUUUUUUUUCUCACGGAGAUUAUUUGCUAAACAACACGCUUUAAGUUCCUGCCGUCGGAUUUUCCAUAGUAGGUCUAGAACGUGUAAAAUUCGUCUAUUACUUAAUUUAAUUUUUUUUUUCUUUAUCGUUGUCAUGGUAAUAUCGAUUUUUCAUAAAACUACAUUUUGACAAACUUUAGUCCAAAGUCAGUGAGUGGUGACGAUCAGACAAGGAUAAAGUCGCUUUUAAGGCGAUCAGUGAAAAAUCUCAGUAUGGUUCCCGAAAAACUGUAUCGAAACACCUAAAAUUAUGAGAACAAGUUAAUUACAUUUUAUUUCGAUUACAAUGACUUUGCCUGUCAAUAAUUUGUCUCCAUUGACUGUUCCUGUGUCUUCGAGGAUGAGAUAGAAAUGGCGGAGGGAGAGUCGAGAUCCGUGUAUUUCCUUUGAAAAAACUGUAGCUUUGUUCCGUUGCUUUCUGACAGCCUUUGCAUUUCACUCCCGUGUGUUGCUCUUGAAUUCUUUCACGAGCAAGGAGAGUCGUAAUGCUCCAUUUUUGUCAGUUCAGUUUCUGGCUGUCGUUUCUGGUCAAACAAAGUCGGAUUUUGCGUAGUCUACGAAACCAAUAAAACCUUUAACUGUAUUAUCGUUUCUACCAUUGAUUUCAGAGCCGGUAUCCAGUGCCAUACGUCCCCCAUGGUAUCCUGUGACAGUAUUUUGGCGCCAUCACUGAACACUUCAAAUAACACGUGUUUUCUACAGGGUAAUUCCAUGCUAUUCAGCUGCCGAGCAGCCAGGCCUGGUGUGAUCCGUGUUUGUCCUUGUCGUUCAUACCGAAAAGAGCAAGUGGCUUUAUGUGAAUCAUGUUGA